AUGAUAACACGUGAAGAACUUAACAAAGAACAAAUUGCCCUCCUUAAAAAUGCCUUCGACGCAUUUGACCAAGAAAAGAAAGGAUGUAUUGGUACAGUUAUGGUUGGUACAAUCCUUGGAAUGUUGGGUAUUUCACUCACUGAGAAAAUGUUAAAAGAUAUUAUUGAUGAAGUUGAUGAAGACGGUUCUGGUGAAAUUGAAUUUGAAGAAUUCGUUACCUUAGCUUCUAAAUUCUUAAUUGAAGAAGAUGCAGGUGCAAUGCAAGCUGAACUUAAAGAAGCUUUCAGAUUAUACGACAGAGAAGGUAAUGGUUACAUCACAACAGCUGUUUUAAGAGAAAUCUUAAAAGAAUUAGAUGAUAAAAUUACAGCUGAAGAUUUAGACAUGAUGAUUGAAGAAAUUGAUUCUGAUGGUUCCGGUACCGUUGAUUUCGAUGAAUUCAUGGAAGUCAUGACUGGUGGUGAUGAUUAAUCAUAAAGAAGAUAUAAUCUUAUAAAUGAAUUCUUUCUACAAUUUUUGCACUAAGAAAAUUAAACAUGUGAUAACCAAAUAAUAAAAUUAUGUCCGUCUUAUAAUAAUUAUAAUAAUAUCUACACCAUUUUAUAUUUAUUGAAAAACACUAAUUAAAUACGUAAUUAUUAUAAAUCACUUCAUUCAACUCCUACUCGUAUGUAGUAGGUACCUCUACCCGUAUUGUUGGGUACAAGAAAUUGGACACCUUCUUCUAUGCAGUUUAAUAAUUUAAUUUAUUUAUU